CAAGCUGAGUGGCAAGAAGAGAGCACUGGGUAGCUGGAACUUUAGAUUACAAAUGUAGAAGAGCCAGAAAGAGGGAGCAGUGCUUGAGGUCCUACUGGAGGUUGCCAUUUCUCUCUUUGUCAUAUCGUUGGCUACUCAAGUUGAAGAUGAAUUUUUUAGUCGCCUACCUGAUUCUUUUGUUUUUUCCCCCAAGAGGAGCCAUGACAGAAGACAAUGUUGUUUGGGGUGCACUGACUCAGUCCAUCUCUUUGGACAUUCCUCAUUUCCAGCAGGAUGGAGGAGCAGAUGACAUACGGUGGUCUAAAGGACAGACUGUGAUUGCAAUGUUAAAACAGAAUGAACUUUUUUUCCUGAAAGAUAAUACAACCUAUGAGAUAUCUGCCAAUGGAACUCUGAAAAUUAAAGAGCUGACCAGUUCAUUUGAGGGCAUCUACAAGGUGUCAGUGUAUCAUAAAAAUGGAACAAACCUGUUGGAGAAAACAUUGGCUUUGCGGGUGAUGAAGGCUGUUUCACAGCCAGUAAUGACAUGGGACUGCACCAAAAGGAGCGUGGUUUGUGAGGUGCAGAAUGAGACGAACGCCGAGCUGACUUUGUUUGACAAUGGGACACAGCCUCUGAAGAAGGGGACCGUGAAAAGUGAGGAAAUGAGGCUCAAGUACACCUGGCCAAAUCUUCCCCCAUGGCAGUUGAGAUGUGUGGUGAAAAACAAAGCCAGUGAGAAGGAGGUGGUGGUUCAAAACCCUUGUACAGAGAAAGUCCUGGACAUUUAUCACAUCCUGAGUAUUUGUGGAGGUGGGAUGAUUCUGUUAAUCUUCUUGCUUCUGCUCAUUUUCUGUUUCCAGAGGAGGAAAAAACAGAAGACCAAUGAUCAGAAUCUGGAGAUUAAUAUCUCUAGAGUAAAUAAAGAAGAGAGAGGUCGAAAGCUUCAUCAGAAUCCAGAUCAACGUCCACAAGUAUCUGGUGGUCGCCAUCCUCAGCAUCCAAGUGGCCACUGUCCCCAGGCACCUGGUCAUCAUCUCCAGGUACCUGGUCACCGUCCCCCUGUUCCUUGUCAUCGUCCGCAGCAGCAGCAACAGAAGCAGAAAAGGCCUUCUCCGAAAGUCCCGCAGCAAACUGGCCCUCCUUUGCCUAGACCUAGAAAUCAGCCAAAGCCUCCUCACCAAGAAAAGGGGAAAUGAUAAUUAUUUCUCCUGAGGAAGUUUCCUCUUUGGUCCAUCUGUGAAUAUUUGUAAAAAGAUCGUUCCAAAUAAACAAUACUGCAGUUUUCCCUCUUCAUGGCACAAAUUCCUAUAAGUGUUUUCGACUGUUGGGCUAAUACUUUUCCCAAGUAUCACUGACCAUGGACAGUGACUGAGUACAUAUCUACUCUUUUGUAAGGGAGAAUGAAAUAAUAUCAAACUAUGGGAAUCAAACUGGCCCAGGGAAUCGUGGUCUCAUGGUAGAGCUCCUUCAGUGUCAAGGGAGAGAAAAGCUGUUAAGGUUGUGACCAUUAAGAGGAUGGAUCAUAGGGACCAUUGAGUGGGAGCUGGAAGGGACCUCAAUGACCAAGCAAUUCUUGCCUUUGACAAGAGAAUUCUUUGGUGUUUUCUUGUUCAGUCCAAUGAUCCAACAAAUAAGAUGCUUUGCUGGGUACCAGAGUUAUAAAAAUCAACUGAAAAAUGGUCUUUGUCCUUAAGGAACUUAGAUCCUCCUGGGUUGCUACCACACACAAAUAAGAUAAAUGAAGUACAUUGUCAUUUGAGGAAGAGAAAACCAACAACUAAGGCAAGAAGGGGUUCUUUGCCUUUUCUGUGGCAUGGACUCUUUAGCAGUCUCUUUUGGAAGCCUGUGGAUUCUAUCUCAGUAUGAUGCUUUUAAAUUUAUAAGAUAAAUUGAAAUGGAUGAGAGAUCAAUGAUAUUGAAAUGGUGAUUAACAAAUUAAGAAAAACAAAUAAGUUCAUAGACCACAAAUUACAAACUCUUAAACCAAAGAUAUCAAAAAAUACUUCUCCUAAGAGAUUGUAUAGGAACCAAGCCUUGAAGGAAGCUAGGGAAUAAUGGAUAUUGUUUUUUUUUAAAAAAAAAAAGCUUUGCUGGGCCAUACAGAUGUUGUGAAUAUGUGUGACUAAAUUAAAUUGGUCUCCUCUUGAGGUAUUUGUGUUUAUCUACUCUUUUGUAAGGGAGAGAGAAAUAAUUGCUGUGAUAUUGUCUACUUCUUGUCAGCCCUCAGUGUUAACUUUAGAAUAAAACUGAGAUAGGUCAGGUUUAUAUAACAGGAGAAGAAUCAAACUGGGACCCUAAAGUCUAAUCAGCACAGGUCUAUAAUAUCUCCCCUCACCCACACACAUCAACGACUGUGGAGAAUGUCUAAUUCAACCCCCUCAUUUUACUGAUGAAGAAACCAAGGCCCAUUGAGAUGAAGUUACUUGCUCAAAUAUAGGUAGAAAGGAGGAGAAAUGAUAGGGAUCAAAGCUUUGGCUCUAUAGGGAUCAUGAAGGCCAUCUGGUCCAACUGCCUCAUUUUAUAGGUGAGGAAACCAAGACCCAGACAAGUGGAUUUGUCUAGGGUCAUACAGGUAGUAAUGAGUACAUUUGGGAAUUGAACCUACAUGUACCAGUUCCAAAUGCAAUGGUCUUUCCAUUGUACCAUAUUGUUUCUUGUGAACCAAUCGAAGUCCACCCUGGACUAGAGGGCAGUAGCAAGAAGCCAGUAAGAUGGCUUGCACAAUAGCAGGGAUGAGAAAGAAUUUGGCUCCAUCAAAUAACCUUAACGGGUCAUUAUCAAAGGUCACCCGAAGGGCAUGCAGAGAGCUCUGGGCUCGUCUAUGCCCUCUACAUGCUUCUACCUAUUCCCAUAUGGGACUUGAUAUUGAAACACCCUGGAUCAGAAAGGAGAGAAAAAACAGGAAAGAGCGAGAAUUGUCAGUUAAAGUUCUAAAAUGGAGACAAUGAGGUAGGUUCUUUGAAACAAGUGGUGUGAUAAUUGUGGCCCCAUCUCUCCCUGGGUUUCUCAGACUUGUUCAGCCUUGCCAGGAAACGCUGAGGUGUAAACCACAAACUCUGCCUCGAACCUAAAACUUCCUGUAAGAGCCCUAGUAUGUGUUGAACAGCUUUGCCCACUUCAUAUGUUUCCAGUUUGAACAUCUGGAGUCAAUUGGUAAAAAGUGAAAACUCCUCAUUUAUUUAUUUGGAAUGCAAAGACAGAAUCAACAGGAUUAAGCCAACCAUCUACUCAGCUAGAGACAAGAUAGUCAUAGAUACUUCCCUUUUCUUACAUUUGAGCAAUGUAGAAGAAUCCCCUCCUUCCCUUGAGACCAGAUCAAGUAUUAUCUCCAUCAGAAAGUCUUUCACAUCAGCCUACAGCAACCUCUCUUUCCUCCUCUGAACAUCUGGAUAUCUGUACGCCAUUAGUAUAAAAGGCAUAUAGUCAGUGCUUAAUAAAUGCUCGUCAAUUAAUUGAUUCGCUAUCUAAUACUGUAAGCAUUUCUUUUUUGGUGUAUAUUUCUGGUCUAUCGGGUUGAACUGUAACUUCCCAGAGUAUUGAGUAUCUUCUAUGUUUGUGUUUGCCCACGUUGCCCAGCUUAAUAAAUCUAAAUAUGUGUUGUAAUAUGUGAGUAAGCAUGGUUCAUAAGAAGUAAAAACUGUAAUAC